CACACACACACACUGUCAGACAGCAAGCUCUUAGUUCAUACUGCUGGUUUUAUAUUGCCCUGCUAUUGCAACACACAGAAAUGGUGCUGACCAUUGCUUGAAUAUAGUUUGUAGAAAGAAUAUCUUCCAGGUGACCCAGCCUGUGUCUCCAGUUUUAUUCAAAUCAGAGGGUAUCUUGGCGGGUAGGAACUGAAGACACUACACUGACCCGCCAUGUUUCUGGUCCUGGUGGUUGCAGAGGAGUUAAGAGAGUUCCUGGCCAGGGCAAGGAGUGGAACUGGCCGUCUCAUCCAGGUGUUGAUCAGAGAGGAGCAGCUGGUGCUGGGGGCAUACAGAGAGCCACGUCAGAGCUGGGACAAAGACUAUGACCAUUAUCUGCUCCCUCUGCUGGAUCCUCAUGAGCCCUGUUACAUUUUCUACCGUCUAGACUCCAAAAAUGCUCAAGGAUAUGAGUGGCUCUUCAUCUCCUGGUCACCUGACCAGUCUCCUGUUCGACAAAAAAUGUUGUAUGCUGCCACUCGUGCCACAGUUAAGAAAGAGUUUGGUGGUGGACACGUCAAAGAUGAGAUGUUCGGCACAGUUGAGGAGGACGUUUGUCUUCAAGGUUAUAUAUGUCAUUUGACAUUGUGUUCUGCACCAGCACCAUUUACAGCUGCUGAACAAGAGCUACAGCGAAUCAAAAUCACAGAGGGUAGAGUUAAACAGGUGAAAACUGAGAUCACUGUGGACCCUAAACAUCAGACUCUACAGGGUCUUGCCUUCCCUUUACAGGCUGAAGCUAAACGUGCUCUACAGCAGCUCGCAGAGAGACACAUCAACUACAUCCAACUAAAGUUGGACACAGAGAAGGAAACGAUCGAACUUAUUCACACCAGCCCAACAGACGUCAGUGAUCUACCCUGCCGGAUCCCCCUGGACACACCGAGAUACCACUUCUUCCUCUACAAGCAUUCACAUGAGGGAGACUACCUUGAGUCUGUGGUGUUUAUAUACUCCAUGCCAGGAUACAGCUGUAGUAUCAAAGAAAGGAUGCUGUAUUCUAGCUGUAAGAGUCGACUUCUGGAGGACGUAGAGAGAGACUUCCACCUGAAAGUGGCUAAAAAGUUGGAAAUUGAAAGUGGAGAAGAGCUGACAGAGGAGUAUCUGUAUGAUGAGGUUCACCCUAAGCAGCACGCCCACAAGCAAGCCUUCGCCAAACCUCGUGGCCCUGCUGGCAAAAGGGGAAGCAAACGUCUCAUCAAGGGAGGUGGAGAUAAUGGUGGGAACAGCUAGAAAGAAGAGAGACAGAGAGGAAGAUAGAAAUGAACUUCAGUUGUACCUUAAAUGUUCCACAUUUCCCUUUUUCCCCCCACGGUGGUAUUGCUUAUUCUACAGGGAGAGGAAUGGAGACAUUGGAAUAUUGUGUGUAGAUUUGUUGAUUUUAUUUCAAUUUUUACUUUCCUCAGGUUGUAUUUAUUCUGUCAUUAGUUGUUUGUUUGGUGUGCUAAGUUCUAACAUGCAUAUCUUUGAGAUAAGAGGGAAAACUCAGGAAUUCAUUUGGUCUCUGUACAUUUUCUGAGCAUAUUUUUCUACAUAAUCGCAUACAUGCGCACACAUUCACAACCAGAUAUUCUGGUUCUCUGCACUCAAAAUCAUUUUGAUCAGAUUUACUGCUAUAUUACAUCUGUUUAUUGUGAAAGAUGGUUGAUAGUUCAUUAUAUUUUAAAACAUGUUUGUAAAGGAAAAGAAAAGAAUAGGCAUGUUUAGACUGAGAGGCCUUUUAAAUACUAAAGAAGCAGAAAAAGGCACACACGUUUAUACACACAAACCAGAGCCAAAUCUGAAACGUAAACAGAAUGUGAUAUUACUUGACUAUGUGAGAGCUAAUCAAUUGGUUAAGGAACAGAUGCUCAGAUAUGCUGAACAGUGCAGGUGUCAGACUUGUUUUAAGAUGAACGUUCUCUAUUAUUUUUUGGUAUAUCUCUUUAAUUUAUGUAUUUUAUUGUUACAAGAGAAAAUAACUAAAUAUUAACAUAUCAUAAACAUACCCUGUAAAAAUCUUUCAUGUUGUCUUAUGUCCCACCCCCUCCUAUUUUAGUGUCAUACACAUCAUUUUGUUUGUAAGGAUCUGUUAGUAAUCAGACAAUAUCCAAAUAAAGCUUGCAAGGAGUGCUGCUUGGGUGUAAAAUAAUUCCUACUGGCACUCUUUGGAUAAGGGAUAUUCUGUUCAGAUGCUCCAGUAGUCCAAGGCACUCAGAGUAGGAUAUACAUUUAAAAAUAAUGUAUUAGUCUGGUCACACUUUAUAUUAGGUGGCCUUAACUAUGAUGUAUAACAUUAAAUACAAGACUAUGUAUUUACUGUGUAACUAUAUGUUGUUCUGCAAAAUGCCCACAUUUGCUGCUACUGAUGUUGAGGUAUGGGUAAGUUUAGGAGUAAGGGUAGGGUUAGGAUGAGUGGUUUGAGUUAGCAGUGUAACAACAAAUGUAAUUAAAUGUAAGUAAUUUAAAUGCAAUUACAAAGCAACUACAUGUAUGUACAUAAGUACAUUGUUAAGGUCGCCUAAUAUGAAGUGUGUCCAUUAGUCUCUAAAUGAAAACGUGUUUACUUAGUAAAUUAAUGUCUUCUUUGUUACAUUUGACAUGGAUCAUUUAUAUUCAAUUUUAUUUUAUUUCCAACUGAAUACUAAAAUAAAAGACAUAUGGAGAGCAUUUCAGUGUUGAUUAUAAGGUUGAGCAGUCAUACACCAGACAAUAAAGAGUAACUAA